AGGGAGCAAUAAUUCGGGUCUUUUCUGACAGCUGAAUGGUUUAUCUGUCGGAACCCCUCGGGCUGUCACAUCCAUGAGACCUUUUCCCUCGGUUUGAUUGAAAUUGGACAAAUGGUUGAGGGAUGAUGGAUGAGGCAGGGAAAUGGGACUGGCAGGCAGGCAGAGAGGAGGAUAGACAGAGUGAGCGGAUACGCCUUGUUUCCUUAGGAAAUAAGGAAAUUUCCUUAGGAAGUCACACUAUCCUGUCACUUAUUAAUUUUCCUUUUUUGUAUAUGUCUUUGCUAGUUAUGGAGACAAAAGGAUACCACAGCUACCCAGAAGGUUUAGAUAUGGAGAGACGGUGGGGUCAAGUUUCUCAGUCUGUGGAGUAUUCUUCUAUAGGUGCUGGAGAGCAGACUGAUGACGGUAACUACAUGGAGAUUGUAAACGUAAGCUGCGCUGCUGGUACUUUCGCAAACAGCAGCGCUCAAGGCAGCAACAAAGAAAAACCCGAGCUACUCUCCUGCCUGCAGCAAGACAGUGGUCAGCCCAGUCUUUUGCCCUCUGACAUCAAAACCGAGACAGAGUCGAAGGAGCUGUCAGCAACGGUGGCUGAAUCCAUGGGUUUAUACAUGGAUUCGAUACGAGAUGCUGAUUACCCCUACGAUCAGCAGAACCAAGGGAGCCCGGGGAAGAUCUACCAGAACAUGGAGCAGCUGGUGAAGCUCUACAAGGAGAACGGCCACUGCUCUUCUCCCCUGCACAGCGCCAGCAGGCCCCUGAGGUCUCUGAUGUCAGACUCUGGGAGCGCUGUGAACGGUGGUGCCAUGCACACUAUUGUCAAAAGCCCAAUCAUGUGUCAAGAGAAAAGCCCCUCAGGCUGCAGCCCUCAGAACAUGGCUUCCUCGGUGUGUAGUCCCGCGGGGGUUAACUCCGUGUCCUCAACUACUGCUAACUUUGGGAACUUUGCCGUGCACAGCCCCAUGGGCCAGGGAACCCCCUUGUCACGCUCGCCGAACGUUGAGAACCGGGGCUCCAUGUUGCACAGUCCCGCGCAUGUUAGCAAUGUCGGCUCUCCGCUUUCUAGCCCCAUAAGUAGCAUGAAAUCACCAAUUUCUAGUCCUCCCAGUCAUUGCAGUGUGAAAUCUCCCGUCUCGAGUCCCAACAAUAUCACGAUGCGGUCUUCUGUGUCCAGCCCUGCGAACCUGACCUCGAGGAGUUCCAUUGCCAGCCCUUCCAAUGCCAACAACAGGUCCACUCGUUCCAGCCCAGCGGUCAGCACUGUGGGAUCGUCCAUCUGUAGCCCUGUAAACAACUCCCUGGGGUUCCCGGCUUCCGGCACGCCGGCGGGACCUGGCAGAAGCCAAGACGCUGUUCCCAGUCCAGAAACAAAAGACAAGGGUGCUCAAGAACUCACGUUUCCUAAGAUGGAGGAAAUGGAGAAUGCCAUCUCCAACAGCAGCCAGAUGAACCUUGUGCAGUUCAUCAAGCCCGAGCCAGACGGUUCGUUCGGCAGCGCGUGCAUUGGCGACAGCAGCAAAAUAAACUCCGAUUCCCCUUUUUCGGUACCAGUGAAGCAAGAGUCGGCCAAGCAUCCUUGUUCUGGUGCCUCUUUUAAAGGGAAUCAAAACGUAAAUCCCUUCCCAUUUACAGAUGGCUCGUAUUUUUCUUUUAUGGAUGACAAAGACUAUUACUCUCUUUCUGGGAUUUUAGGACCACCUGUUUCUUCAUUUGAUGGAAGUUGUGAAGGUAGCAGUUUUCCAAAUCCAGGCCUACGUGUGGGAAUUAAGCAGGAACCUGACGAUGGCAGCUAUUACCAAGAAAACAGUAUACCAUCUUCUGCCAUUGUGGGUGUAAAUUCAGGUGGACAGUCAUUUCACUACCGGAUCGGCGCCCAAGGCACUAUAUCUUUGUCACGGCCGGUUGCUCGAGAGCAGGCGUUUCAGCACUUGAGCUCCUUCCCUCCCGUCAGCACGCUAGUGGAGACCUGGAAGUCGCAUUCAGAGUUGGCAUCCAGAAGAAGUGAUGGGUAUCCAGUUCUAGAGUACAUUCCAGAAAACGUGUCAAGCUCUUCAUUGAGAAGUGUAUCAACUGGAUCUUCAAGACCUUCCAAAGUGUGUUUGGUGUGUGGAGAUGAAGCAUCUGGAUGUCAUUAUGGGGUGGUUACAUGUGGCAGCUGUAAAGUUUUCUUCAAGAGAGCAGUAGAAGGACAGCACAACUACCUGUGUGCAGGAAGGAACGACUGCAUAAUUGAUAAGAUACGGAGGAAGAACUGCCCAGCCUGUCGAUUACAGAAAUGUCUGCAAGCUGGAAUGAAUUUAGGAGCCCGGAAGUCCAAAAAGUUGGGGAAAUUGAAAGGGAUGCACGAGGAGCAGCCACAGCAGCGGCAGCAGCCACCACCCCAGAGCCCCGAGGAAGGGACGACGUACAUCGCGCCUGUGACUGAGCCCUCUGUAAACACAGCACUUGUCCCCCACAUGUCUGCUAUCUCACCAGCACUUACUCCCUCUCCUGUUAAGAUCCUUGAAAGCAUUGAACCGGAGAUCGUGUACGCAGGAUACGACAGUUCAAAGCCAGACACAGCGGAGUACCUGCUUUCCACCUUAAACCGCCUGGCUGGCAAGCAGAUGAUUCAGGUGGUGAAGUGGGCAAAGAUACUUCCAGGAUUUAGAAACUUGCCUCUCGAGGACCAAAUUACUUUAAUUCAGUAUUCAUGGAUGUGUCUGUCAUCAUUUGCCUUGAGUUGGAGAUCGUACAAACAUACAAACAGCCAGUUCCUCUAUUUUGCUCCAGACCUGAUCUUCGAUGAGGAACGGAUGCGCCAGUCCGCUAUGUUUGAACUGUGCCAGGGGAUGCACCAGAUCAGUCUGCAGUUUGUUCGCUUGCAGCUUAGCUUUGAGGAGUACACUAUAAUGAAAGUUUUGCUGCUGUUAAGCACAGUUCCCAAGGAUGGUCUCAAAAGCCAAGCUGCAUUUGAAGAAAUGAGGGCAAAUUACAUUAAAGAACUAAAGAAGAUGGUAACUAAAUGUCCAAGUAACUCUGGGCAAAGCUGGCAGAGAUUCUACCAACUGACUAAACUUCUUGACUCCAUGCAUGAUCUUGUUAGUGACUUGUUGGAAUUCUGUUUCUACACCUUCCGAGAGUCUCAGGCACUGAAAGUAGAGUUUCCAGCCAUGCUGGUGGAAAUCAUCAGUGACCAGCUACCAAAGGUGGAAUCUGGGAAUGCCAAGCCCCUGUACUUUCACAGGAAGUGAUAGAAAAUGUCUUAAAUGGAAGAACUUUGCCUUAAGUUUCCCUGUGUUAUUCCACACCCAUGAAGGACCCAAGAAACCAUAUUUUAAACAUGCUAUUUACACUUGUUCAGCAGUCUCUGAAUAGUCUAAAAAUCAUAUGAAGGGUUUGGGGAAUGGAAAGCAGUUGUCUCGGAUUGGGCAAGACCUAGAUGUUUGGAAAUUUACCCCAUAAACCCUAAAACACUUAGAAAAUGUUCCUGUUCCUCUGGAUGAAAAGCCAUAUCUAGUCAAUAACUCUUUGAUUUUGAUAUUUUAACAGAUGGAGUUUUAAAUAUGCCAUGUAGUUUCUGGUAUUGUUUGCUUGUUUUAAAAGGGUUCGAGAACUAAUGAGAACUUUUUAAAGCUUACCCUUGGUUUGCACAUAAAACGUAAAGUCAAUAUGGGGCAUUAAUAUUCUUUUCUUGUAAAAAAAUCAAACAAAACCUAUAUAUAUAUACACACACACACACACAAACACACACACACAAACCCUAAUGUGUAAAGUAAUAACAGAACAUUUGGUGUGGAAUACUCUGUUAUCCCCACCUGUGGCAUUUGUUCUCCCAUGUUAUCCCAUCAUAGAGGAUAUACACUGUGUUAAGUGUCCAUUUACUAUUUAAUUAAAAAGGAUAAGGUGUGAAAACAAAUGCCCUGGUAUCAAUUUAUAGUAUCUAUUGUGCUGGCUUUACAAAUAAUUUUUUGCAGUCUUUUGCUGUACUGUACAUUGCUGUAUGUAUAAAUUGUGAAGGACCUGAAAUAAGGUGUAAGGAACUUUUGUAAAUGAGACAAAAAAAAUCUUUAAUGGUUAAUAGGAUGAAUGGGAAAGUAUUUUUGAAAGAACUCUAUUUUGCUGGAGACUAUUUAAGUACUAUCUUUGUCUAAACAAACAAGGUAAUUUUUUUGUAAAGUGAAAUGUUCUGCAUGCAUAAUGAACCGUUUACAGUGUAUUUAAGAAAGGGAAAGCUGUGCCUUUUUUAGCAUCAUAUCUAAUUUACCAUACUACAGAACCUACUGUAAAUAACCACACUUAACCUUUUCAUUUGUAUUUAAGCCUUUCUAUUUUCCUCUAUAUUUUCCUCCUUUUUGUCUCGCUUGCAAGCGUAUGUGACUCGAGCACAUCUUAGAGAUCCCGCUUCAUCUUUCUGUAGGAAACUACACUCUGUUGUGUUUGCCACUCUACAAAGGUUUCAUUUAACAAGACAAAUUACGGUCUCUCCAAAGCUUUUGCCAGUUUAACGAUAUAGCGAGUUCUUGCUCUCUCUUCCCUUUCUCUCUCAGGGGAACAGGGGGUGAGUAAGAUGUUGAAUGAUUUUUCUUUUUGUAUUAAGGUUUCCCAGAUUGUUUGUUUUUCCUUUGAAUACUGGAUACAUAAACCAUCUUAAAAGGUCAGGUUAUUAUUUCAGAUGGGGGAGAGCGAUUUCUGGUUAUGAUGAAGGGAACAUGCAGAUCAUUACAGUAAGUAUAUUGAACAGAUUUGUACUGGUGAGAGGGAUGGUAAGGUACUGAUAAGGGCCGAUUAGCUGAGUAGAAUUUCUAGUGAUAAACUAAAACGGUGUGUAAUUUUGUAAACAUUUUUGUAACAAUCAGAAUACAUCUGAGAAGACAACUGUUCACACUACAAGUUCAACUCAGUUGGUCUGAUUUUGUCUCAAAAAUGUUUUCUCUAGAAUAAGACUGCAAAGAAAAAUUUUUGAGGUGAUUUUCGCUAUUUCACAAUUUAUAAGCAAAUACAAAAUUUCAGAGUAGAAUAGAGGACAGGUGAACUUUUCUGAGGCUCAACUGUUGCUACCAUGUGCUCAUGUUCAGAUAGAAUAGUUUUUCAGAGUCCUAAUCUAUAGUGUUCUCUCUGGGUGCCACUGGUAUUUUUGAGCUCUAGUUUGUCCCUUGGCCGGUCAGAAUGUAGCAUUUCUUUUAAAUGGUGGUCGAAUUUAGAAUUCUUACACCCUUUCUGAGUCCAAAUUUUGAGGUGCGGUUUGGUGCACUGAAGACAGUCAGUGCUACUUGUCUUUUUAAAUGACACCUGCCUUAUGCAAUGGGUAAAUCUGUAAAGACUGUAUUCAGAGAGGUUUUUUUAUAUAUAAAUAUAUACAUACAUAUAUUAUUUGCAUUUUGGAAGUCUAAUUCAUAGGCAGAUCUUUAAAUACUGACCUGCACAGCAAUAUGAAAGCCAAACUUCCAACGUGAGAUACACAGCAUGCAGACUGGUUGUUUACAGUAAAGACACAGUCAUACAUCCAUCUUCUCAUUUACUUUUUUUUUUUUUUUUUUUUUUUUUUU